AUGGAGAAAAACACGCCGGUGAGGAAAACACACACGUCGACGGCGGAUCUACUCACUUGGCCGGAGAAUCAACCGUUUGAGUCUCCCGCCGCCACAGCUUCUCGCUCAGCCGCCAGAUCGCACCAGCCGUCAGAUGGAAUCAGCAAAGUUGUGUUUGGAGGACAAGUUACAGACGAAGAAGUCGAGAGCUUGAACAAGAGGAAGCCUUGCUCAGACUACAAGAUGAAAGAGAUCACAGGAAAUGGAAUAUUCUCUGUGUAUGAAGAAAAUGAUGAUUCAGAGCAAGGAAGCGCUGCUACAAAUGGCCAAACAAGAACAUACAAGCAACCAGCAGCAGCAAUUGUUAGUCACAUUUCGUUUGGGGAAGCAGAGAUUGUCACACCGAAGAAACCAGCAACGGUGUCUGAAGUAGCGAAGCAGCGCGAGCUCGGUGGUACGUUGGAGAGCCAAUCCGACGCUAAGCUCAACAAACAGUUCUCAGAUUCUAAGUUUAAGGAGCUAAGUGGUCACAACAUCUUCGCUCCACCACCUGAAAUCAAACUUCGUCCUACCGUUCGUGCUUUGGCUUAUAAAGACAACUUCGACUUGGGCGAAUCAGAUUCCAAACCCGACGGGGAACUGAAGACGGCGAAGAAGAUUCCAGACAGGAAGUUCAUAGAUCUGUCGGGAAACAAUGUAUUCAAAGGAGAUGGUACGCCUCCAUCCACGGCUGAGAAGCUUCUAAGCACGGCGAAGUUGAAGGAGAUAAGUGGCAAUGACAUAUUUGCUGAUGCAAAGGCUCAGUCUCGUGACUACUUCGGUGGUGUUCGUAAACCACCGGGAGGAGAAAGCAGCAUUGCUUUGGUCUGA